AUGGAUUUCUUUCCACAGGAUGAUUUAGGAGGACCGCUCAUGAUCCACCACCAUGACUGCAUGGUCCAGAUUGGAGUGGUGCGGUUUGAUUCAAACUGCCCGACGCCUGCAAGUGCUAGACCCUACAUCAAUACGGCCUCGUUUGCGGAUUUCAUCAAAAAUGUCACUCAAAGCGAACCGGCCUGCAUGGUUCCCGUCUUUCCAGGAAAAAACCCGGAAGCUGGCUUUAAGUGUCCACCAACUGAAACCCCAAAGCCUCCCAAAUGUCCAAAUCCCUCAUCACCCGAUUGCAACGAUGACAGCGUAUUCAGCAGUGGUGUGAACGUGAUCUCCUCUUUCCGCAUCAUCUCACUCUGCCUUCUUGGUUUUAUGUUUUACAGCACUUACUAA